ACCUACCAUAUAUUGAACACUCCCAGGCUAGAGUAUUGCAGAACCUUGGCUAACAUGCUUCACUGCAGAUGUCACCGCCUAGGCAAGGAAUGUAUACCUUCAGCGACUGUCCGGAAGAGAGGGUCAAGGGGCACAACAGCUUCGAAAAGGGCACAAUUAGAAGACAAGCUGGAUGAUAUUGUCACUUUGUUGCGAACCCAAAAUAUUGUCCAGCCAGUUUCGUCAAGAGAUCCGUCCAUGCCAACCCCUGGAUCCUCGAACCCUUCUCCUCAUCACUCCUCUAUAGCUUACGGAAACGACAUUAGCAUUACAGAAUAUGACCUUGCCAACUUUCGCGAUAACUACCUCCGCUAUUUUCCAUUCAUCUUGUUACCGGCGAACAUCACCGCGGAACAUUUGCAGCUUGGAAAGCCAGUCCUAUGCCUUGCUAUCCACACUAUAUGUACUAAGGCGGUACCACGUCAGACGCUUCUGAGUACGCUGCUCCGGGAGACGUUGGCUUCAAAGAUUAUCGUGAGCGGUGAACGGAGUAUUGACCUACUGCUAAGCUUAAUUGUUUGCAUAACAUGGUAAGCCAGUUUCUUCAAUUGGAGACCCGGAUUUACGCCUGACCACAGAAAGGUCAAUGUAUGUAACGCACGGGAAACAGUUUUUGGGCUCCAUGUCAGGUCUAGCAAGAUCACUCGUUACCGAUUUGCGACUAGUACAAAAACCAUCUAAGUGUCCAAGCAUAGGCCCUCAAGGCCCUCAGCUCGAUAACAUUGGAAUUCAAACACAGGAAGCAAGCAGAGCGUUGCUUGCUGUGUUCGGACUAAGCGCAAUGUGAGUAUUGAUCACCUAGAACGGGCCACUUACCUAGGUUAACC